AUGGCGGGUAUCAACACAGCAGGGCGGCACCCAGCCCCCCAGAAAACUGCGGACUGGUAUACCAAGUCAUUUACAAUGCCAAAUGGAUGUCCGAUUGACAACCCAUUGCAUUCCAACAAGAUCCAGCAGAAAAAUGGCAACACAUACAAAAUAUCACAGAUCCUGCAGGAUAACUAUGUGAUGGACCAGAUUGCUCAUCUGGACCGUGAGCGUAUCCCUGAAAGAUUCGGGCAUGCUAAUGGAUGCGGCGCCUACGGAGAGUUCACGGUGACCAGUGACGAGAUCCAGAAGUAUACCUGCGCCGACUUCCUCUCCGAAAAGGGUAAGAAGACACCCUUGUUCGCUCGUCUGUCCACCACGUCGGCAUUCCGGGGCUCUGCCGACACGGUCAGAGACACCAGAGGAUUUGCGUUCAAGUUUUACACCGACGAAGGCAAUCUGGACUGGGCCUUCUUUUGGCCGGGCGUGUUCUCUAUCUGGGACAAUGGAAAAAUCAUCACCAACAACCACGUGACCAAAAAGUGUCCGUGGAGUGGUCUUUCAGACCCCAACAUGCACUUUGACUUCAUCACGAAGAACCAGGAGGCGCUUAAUUCGUCAAUUCGACUCCACAGUGAUGAUGGAACCCCGAGGAGAUACAAUGAUAUCACAAUCCGCAGUCUGAACACGUACAUGUUUGUCAAGGAUUGCCAAACAUACUCCUAUGUGCGAAUCACUUUGGAGCCGGCGCAUGAAAUCCACACGCCCUUCACCAACGCCGAAGCUGCUUCUCAGGCUGGCCUUGACCCUGACUACCACACUCGCAGACUGUACAAACAGAUCUCAAACAACAACGAUAAGGUGGACGAGUACAAAGGUCGACAGGCGGAGCUGAAUGCAAAACUCCAGGGUGGCAAGCUCUCAAAGGCAGAGCAGGAUAAAGCCAAGGAAGAGAUCAAGAAACUUGACGAUGCUAUCAAAGGCAUCCAUUGGCCCGAGUGGAUUGUCAAGGCGCAUAUCAUCCAACCAGAGGAUGUGCCGAAGGUGAAGGUCAAUAUUCUGGAUGCCAGCAAAGUCUUCCCCAAAGACCAAGACGAUAUCAUCAAAACGAUCGAGGUCGGCCGGCUCCAGCUGAACCGGCUCCCGCUCAACCAGUUCGCCGAAGUUGAACAGGCGGCCUUCUGUGCGGCCAACGUCGUUCCGGGUUGGGAUAUUGCCCCUGAUCCGAUCCUCCAAGCCCGUAUCUUUGCUUACCCUGACACCCAGCGCCAUCGCCUGGGUGUCAACGCCGAGCACUUGCCCGUGAACCGCCCCAAGCAUGCAUGGAACCCGCUCCGACGCGAUGGGCCUGCUGCUCUGUUCAACUACGACGAUGUCCCUACCUAUGUGGCGGAUUACAAUGGCGCCAAGGCAAAGGAGGGGACAAACACCGCCGAUAUGAUCACCAACCCGGAGCCGUGGCUGGACGCAAAGGACCAACACCCCACUCCAGUAGUGCCACUGUGGGACAAGAAUGGGAGCUUUGACGUCACCAGAGGCUUAAACGAGUGGGCGGAACAGGAUCCCCUCGAGCAGCCAUGGGACUACUACAUCAAUGACCUUGCCGGUCCUCCACCCAAAAAGCAUGCUAACCAGAAGUACGCGCACAUGGCGAGGACAAAGGGAAUCCACUACCGUCAGUGGGCGCUGGUGGAGAAUUACGCCCAGCACUUGUCUGCGGUCCGGGAAGAGCUUCGGGAGGCCACCUAUGCUAUGUUUCGGACGAUGGAUGAUCAAUACCGGACAGAUAAGAGUCGCAAGUAUCACAACCUGGGCGACUUAAUUCAAGAGCGCACCAAUGAGGUGAUAAGCGAAAAGAACAAGGUCAAAGACAGUGACUCUGAGGGCGACGAUGUCCCCGUCGGCCCUCGCAAAGCCACCCUUCCGUUGCUGGGAAUCUCCCCCGCAUCGGUGCGGCCAAACGAAUCGGAGCUGCCAAACUAGAUUGGAUUCAAGGGCUAUACUGCUUUUUGCUUUCGUUCGGUAUUGUUUGCUUUGUGUCGAGGAACUAAUAUAAUGUCUAAUUUAACCUGCACGGAUGGAACGUUGGAUACAUUCGAUGACUCUGACGGUUGCCUUUCUGGCUGUGCUUUUAUGAAAGGAUCCAGAUGGUCACAAGAUAUGAUAUUAAUCGAAUUCAGCAUGGC